UACAGUAGUCACCACCUGCCGUAAAACCACAGAAGAAGAAGAAGGUGCAGCAGCGAGCAGCAGCUGUAAACAUCAGCAGGCUGUGGAAACUUUCUUCUCCUCCUCAACAACUUGGUGGAGUUCUUUCCAGAAGCAGAGAAGCUAUUCUGCGGUCUUCGUGACAAUCGGAGCUCCAGAAGCAGGUGAUGGAUUGAAGAGGUUCCCUCUAUCAGACUCGCUCAUCUGAGUUGGUCAUGAUGCAGGAUCGCUGCUCGCUCUCUCAUCCAUCCUGCUCACACUCUCCGACGGAAAAGGCCCGAAUCUGAAUGUGACUCUGGAGGAAAAAGCGGUUAGCUCUACUCCGUGAACUCUGCUGUUAGCUAAACACGGCUAAAGAAAACCUGCUACCACUUCAGGAUCAUCCAUCAGCUGGGACUGCUUCAUCAGCAUGGACACAGAUGUUCAACCGAUGGUGCUGGUUAAAGAAGCUCCUGAAGAACAGAGUGCUAGUGAGGACCAGCAGGACCCAGAACACUUCCACAUAAAGGAGGAACAGGACGAACUUAGGACCAAUCAGGAGACUGAUGCUGCCAGGUUUCCAUUCACUGUAGAUACUAUAAAGAGUGAGGAUGAUGAAGAGAAACCUCUGUUCUCACAGCUUCAUCAGCAGCAAUUGGAGGACAGAGAUGUUCCAACCAGCAGCUCAGCUGACCUGAAGACAGCAGAAACUAGAAAGUACUCAAAUCUUUUCCCUCAUGAACAGACAUCUGAUUCUUCAGAGACGGAAGUUAGUAGAGAUGAUGAAGAGGAUGAUGAAGUGAACAUAGACUCUGAGCUGUCUGACACUGGAGACAGAGUCAAUGACUGCAACAAGAGCAGGUCUUCUGAGUCAGAUGUUAAGUCUGUCAACAAAUCCUUUAGCUGCCCUGAGUGUGAUAAACUAUUUCUCCACAAGAGUUCUCUCCAGAAACACGUCGGGAAAGGACUAAAAUCAUAUUGUUGUGAUGACUGUGGAAAAAGAUUUCGGGGAAUAUCAGGUUUAAACAGUCACAUGAGAGUCCACACCGGAGAUAAGCCUUUUGCCUGUGAACUCUGUGAACAAAGAUUUAGUCAUAAGGCACAUUUAAACAGGCACAUGAGAGUCCACACCGGAGAGAAGCCUUUUGCUUGUGAACUCUGUGGACAAAGAUUUAACCAAAAGGCACAUUUAAACAGUCACAUGAGAGUCCACACCGGAGAGAAGCCUUUUGAUUGUGGGCUCUGUGAACAAAGAUUUAAUCAAAAGGCACAUUUAAACAGUCACAUGAGAGUCCACACCGGAGAGAAGCCUUUUGCUUGUGGGCUCUGUGAACAAAGAUUUAAUCGAAAGACUCACUUAAGCAGUCACAUGACAGUCCACACCGGAGAGAAGCCUUUUGCUUGUGGGCUCUGUGAACAAACAUUUAAUCGAAAGACUAAUUUAAACAGACACAUGAGAGUCCACACAGGACAGAAGCCUUUUGCUUGUGAGCUUUGUGAACAAAGAUUUAGCCAAAAGGCACUUUUAAACAGUCACAUGACAGUCCAUACAGGUCAGAAGCUUUAUGUCUGUGAACUCUGUGAACAGAGUUUUAGCAGUAAGGCAAGUUUAAACAGGCACAUGAGAGUCCACACCGGAGAGAAGCCUUUUGCUUGUGAGCUCUGUGGACAAAAAUUUAGUCAUAAGGCAAAUUUAAAGAGACAUGUGACAGUUCACAAAGAACAGAAGCUUUUUGCUUGUGAGCUCUGUGGAAAAAGAUUUAGCCAAAAUUCAAGUUUAAACCGUCAUAUGAGAAUCCACACAGGGCAGAAACCUUUUGCCUGUGAAGUCUGUGGACAAAGAUUUAGUUGUAAGGCAAAUUUAAACAGUCACUUGAGAGUCCACACAGGGCAGAAACCUUUUGCUUGUGAGCUCUGUGGACAAAGAUUUAGCCAUAAGACAAGUUUAAACAUUCAUAUGAGAAUCCACACAGGACAAAAGCCUUUUGCUUGUGAGCGAUGUGGACAAAGAUUUAUCCAUAAGACAAAUUUAAACAGUCAUAUGAGAGUCCACACAGGACAAAAGCCUUUUGCCUGUGAACUCUGUGAACAAAGAUUUAGCCAAAAAACAAAUUUAAAUAGUCACAUGAGAGUCCACACAGGACAAAAGCCUUUUGCCUGUGAACUCUGUGAACAAAGAUUUAGCCAAAAAACAAAUUUAAAUAGUCACAUGAGUGUCCACACAGGACAGAAGCCUUUUGCCUGUGAACUUUGUGGACAAAAAUUUGGUUUUAAAACCAAUCUAAACCGUCAUGUUAGAGUCCACACAGGAAAUAAUAAUUUUGACUGUUAGCUACGUAAAGAUUUAGCUGAAAAAUAAUUUGAAACCAUCCCAUUAAGGUAGUUUGCCAGGAACACUACUCAGAAUAACUCGGGCGGAUGCAGCUCGGCCCGACCACUGUUCCUAAGGGCACGGUUCAGUAUUUUCUCUCUACUUUCUACCUUAUUUUUAGUCCCUUCUCCGUUGAGGUACUUAGCAAGACUGAGUCAGGCCGACAUUGUGAUUCUGGCCACUGAUUGGCUAGGGGGUGAAGUCACUAGUUGCUCCGGAGUUUUUUGCCUUCUGUUUCGCUGCCUGCAGCCAUUUUUUGGUUCAGAAUCUGACAAAUAGCCAUUAAACUGAGCAAAAUGUCCAGCAA